CCUUGUUGCCUUUUCUCUCCCUCCGCGGCCCUGGCAACCACCGUUCGCUCGGCGGAGUCGGACUUCCGGGCCUUUGUGGCGGGGCGCAGCUGAAGACCGAGCCUCCGAACGCACGCCGCCAACGCUUUGCCUUGCGCCAGCGGAGCCACCCCUGCAGGCCCCAGCCUUCCUCAAGGGCGGGCGUGUCCGGCUGCGGAGACCUGGCCCUGAGGAGACUCCACACCCAGAGGGGACCCCCGCGCUGAGGGGGCCUCGCCCGGCUGCUGCCGGUGCAGGCCCCGCGUCGCCCGCGGAGCACUGGGUCUCCGCAGUCCGGUCUUCAGAGAACAACGCUCUCUUGAAGUCCCCACCUUUGCCUUUGUUGGGGCCCAGCUCAGUUUGAAGACGCUGUCGCCCGCGGCUGGGAGGUAAGCUGAGUUGGCCAUGUACACGUCUGUAGUCCCCACGUCACAGCCACAGGUCCGGAAGUGGGGAGUCGAGCAGCAGGGCGAUCGUUCUGAAGACACGAAUUGAAAUGUGCAACAGAUGAGGCAGGUCAGGAAACUACUGGAAGUGUUUGUUUCCUUCAGAAAGGAGACUUGCCUAACUGAAACUUAGUGAGGGUCUUUCAAAUUCAAGACGGGCAAAGGAGAGGCCUGUUCCUUAAACCCGAGUCCGCGCGCCCUCUGGUGACUCCUGGUGAGGAUGUUAAAGGCAGCUGCUACAGAGAGGAGUGACAUGAAAAAGGAACAGAAAACAGUCUUUAGUUUUGCUGAAAGGGGAAUUUUUAUCCCCAGUUGUUGGUUAUAAUUUGAAGACGAGUACCUGGAGACUGAAGCUGAGGUUCUUCCAGAGGUGCAGAUACGUUUGUACAUUUGGUACAUGGAAGAUUUUAAAAUACUUUAAAAAGAUAUUUGAAAUGAAGGCAGAAAUUUUGAUCAUGUUUGUCAACCAUGUAGGACUUUGAACAACUAUUUGGAAUAUUUUCCUCCCCAAAAUGGAAGAAGAAAUAAUUCACAGACCAAGACUCUGAGAGAAAUAAGAAAUAAUAAAGUUUACUCACUCUGAGAAGGACAGUAUUUUAUGAUCUUCUCUUUGGUAACGAACAGAAACAUACCUUGUAUGUGUGGUGAGUUAAUCAAUAAGGAUGGCUUCUUAUGCUAUAUGCUACAAACAGGUUUAUUUAAAUUUUGGGAUUUUUUUUCUUUUUCCCAUGAUUUUAUAUGUUAAUUAGAUUAAGUAAAGAAAAUAAAUGCUGGAUUCCUGGUAUUUUCUGACUACACUGCUGUUUUCUAUGCAUUAUGGAAACGUUGGAGGCACUCCUAUUUCUUUAAGUUUUAUUUUAUUGGAUGCAAAACUGCCGGGGACACAGAAAUAUGAUGUAAGUUUUCCUUUCAUAGCAAUGUUCUUUGCUUUGGAUGAGCUAAAUAUCAUCUGGAUUUCACAGCCUAUGAGGUAUAAAAUCUGUUUUAUCAAGAUAUUUAAUAUAUAAUUUAUAAUAACCAGACGAGAAACAUAUUAAACACUGUGUUUAACAUGUAUGCCUAAGGAAAGAUCUUCCUGAUGGAUCAUGGCGUUAAUGUUUACAGGACAUUUCCUAUUUUUAACAAUGAUGUUUAGUUUUUCUACUUGUGAAGAAUCUGUGAGCAAUUACUCUGGAUGGGCAGUUUUCACAGAUGGUAUACAACAGUUUAAGAAUCAGAAAUUAGAAGAUUUCAGAUCUAACCAAAAACUUCAUCCAAAUUUGUAUUUUGAUGCUGGAGAUGUACAAACAAUGAGACAAAAUUCUCAUACAAGCCAUUUGCAUCUUUUUAGAGCUAUCAGAAGUGCAGUGACAAUUAUGCUGUCUAAUCCAACAUACUACCUACCUCCACCCAAGCAUGCUGAUUUUGCUGCCAAGUGGAAUGAAAUAUAUGGUAAUAAUCUUCCUCCUUUAGCACUGUAUUGUUUAUUAUGUCCAGAAGACAAAGUUGCCUUUGAAUUUAUCUUGGAAUACAUGGACAGGAUGGUUAGCUACAAAGACUGGCUAGUUGAGAAUGCACCAGGGGAUGAGGUUCCAGUUGGCCAUUCUUUAACAGGUUUUGCCACUGCCUUUGACUUUUUAUAUAAUCUGUUAGGUAAUCAGCGAAAACAAAAAUACCUAGAAAAAAUACGGAUUGUUACUGAGGAAAUGUAUGAAUAUUCAAAGAUUCGCUCAUGGGGCAAACAACUUCUUCAUAACCACCAAGCUACAAAUAUGAUAGCAUUGCUCAUAGGUGCAUUGGUUACUGGAGUAGAUAAAGGAUCUAAAGCACAUAUGUGGAAGCAAGAUGUUGUUGAUGUUAUGGAAAAGACUAUGUUUCUUUUGAAUCAUAUUGUAGAUGGCUCUUUGGAUGAAGGUGUAGCCUAUGGAAGCUAUACCUCAAAAUCACUUACACAAUAUGUAUUCUUAGCACAACGCCAUUUUAACAUCAACAACUUGGAUAAUAACUGGUUAAAAAUGCACUUUUGGUUUUAUUAUGCUACGCUUUUACCAGGCUAUCAAAGAACUAUAGGUGUAGCAGAUUCCAAUUAUAAUUGGUUUUAUGGUCCAGAGAGCCAGCUAGUUUUCUUGGAUAAGUUCAUUUUAAGAAAUGGAGCUGGAAAUUGGUUAGCUCAGCAAAUUAGAAAGCAUCGACCUAAGGAUGGACCAAUGGUUCCUUCCACUUCCCAAAGGUGGAGUACUCUUCAUACUGAAUAUAUCUGGUAUGAUCCAAAGCUUAUCCCACAGCCUCCUGUUGACUUUGGUACAGCUAAAAUGCACACAUUUCCUAACUGGGGCGUUGUGACGUAUGGGGCUGGACUGCCAAGUACACAGGCCAAUACCUUUGUGUCCUUUAAAUCUGGGAAAUUGGGAGGACGAGCUGUGUAUGACAUAGUUCACUUUCAGCCAUAUUCCUGGAUUGAUGGAUGGAGAAGCUUUAACCCAGGACAUGAACAUCCAGAUCAAAAUUCAUUUACUUUUGCCCCCAAUGGACAAGUAUUUGUUUCUGAGGCUCUUUAUGGACCAAAGUUAAGCCACCUUAACAAUGUGUUGGUAUUUGCCCCAUCACCAUCAAGCCAGUGUAAUAAACCUUGGGAAGGUCAACUGGGAGAAUGUGCACAGUGGCUCAAGUGGACUGGUGAAGAGGUUGGUGAUGCAGCUGGGGAAGUUAUUACUGCUUCACAACAUGGAGAAAUGAUGUUUGUAAGUGGGGAAGCAGUGGCUGCUUAUUCUUCAGCAAUGAGACUAAAAAGUGUCUAUCGUGCUUUACUUCUCUUAAAUUCUCAAACUCUACUUGUUGUUGACCACAUUGAAAGGCAGGAAACGUCCCCAAUAAGUUCUGUCAGUGCCUUCUUUCAUAAUUUGGAUAUUGAUUUUAAAUACAUCCCAUACAGGUUUAUGAAUAGGUAUAAUGGUGCCAUGAUGGAUGUGUGGGAUGCACACUAUAAAAUGUUUUGGUUUGAUCAUCAUGGUAACACUCCUGUGGCUAAUAUACAGGAAGCAGAACAAGCUGCUGAGUUUAAGAAAAGGUGGACUCAGUUUGUUAAUGUUACAUUUCAUAUGGAAUCCACAAUCACAAGAAUUGCUUAUGUAUUUUAUGGUCCAUAUAUAAAUGUUUCUAGCUGCAAAUUUAUUGACAGUUCUAGUUCUGGACUUCAGAUUUCUCUAAAUGUCAAUAAUACCGAACAUAGUGUUUCUGUUAUAACUGACUAUCAAAAUCUGAAAAGGAGAUUUGAUUACCUGGGAUUUGGUGGUUUUGCCAGUGUGGCUAAUCAAGGCCAAAUAACCCGAUUUGGUUUAGGGACUCAAGCAAUAGUAAACCCUAUAAGACAUGAUAGAGUUAUUUUCCCUUUUGGAUUUAAAUUUAAUAUAGCAGUUGGAUUCAUUUUAUGUAUUUGUUUGGUUAUUUUAACUUUUCAGUGGCGGUUCUACCUUUCUUUUAGAAAGCUAAUGCGCUGUGUAUUAAUACUUGUUAUUGCUUUGUGGUUUAUUGAGUUUCUGGAUGUGUGGAGCACUUGUACUCAGCCCAUUUGUGCAAAAUGGACAAGGACUGAAACCAAGACAAAUGAGAAGACCAUAAUCUCUGAAGGGAAGCAUGUAGAUCUGCCUGAUGUUGUUAUUACCUCACUCCCUGGUUCCGGAGCUGAAAUUCUGAAACAAGUUUUUUUCAACAGUAGUGAUUUUCUCUACAUCAAAAUACCUACAGCCUACAUUGAUAUUCCUGAAACUGAAUUUGAAAUUGACUCAUUUGUAGAUGCUUGUGAAUGGAAAGUAUCAGAUAUCCGCACUGGGCAUUUUCAUCUUCUUCGAAGGUGGCUGCUGUCUUUGGUCCAGGACACAAAAUUUCAUUUGCAAAAUAUUCAUCUUCGUGAAACAGGUAGGAAUAAACUUGCUCAAUAUUUUGCAGCUAAUAAGGACAAAAAACGAAAAUUGAAAAGGAGAGAGUCUUUGCCGGAACAAAGAAGUAAAGUGAAAGGAUCUAUUGAUAGAGAUACUGAAUAUAUUAGAGCCUUGAGGAGACACCUAGUUUAUUACCCAAGUGCUCGUCCUGUGCUCAGUUUAAGUAGUGGAAGCUGGACAUUGAAGCUUCAUUUUUUUCAGGAAGUUUUAGGAACUUCAAUGCGGGCUUUGUACAUAGUACGAGACCCUCGAGCCUGGAUCUAUUCAAUGCUAUAUGGUAGUAAACCAAGUCUUUAUUCUCUGAAAAAUGUACCAGAGCACUUAGCAAAAUUGUUUAACAUAGAGGAAGGUAAAAGCAAAUGUAACUUAAAUUCAGGCUAUGCUUUUGAGUAUGAAUCACUGAAGAAAGAAUUAGAAACAUCCCAGUCAAAUACUGUCUCUUUACUGUCUCAUUUGUGGCUAGCAAACACUGCAGCAGCUUUGAGAAUAAAUACAGAUUUGCUGCCUACCAAUUACCAGCUGGUCAAGUUUGAAGAUAUUGUUCAAUUUCCUCAGAAGACUACAGAAAGAAUUUUUGCAUUUCUUGGAAUUCCUUUGUCUCCUUCUAGUUUAAACCAAAUACUGUUUGCCACUUCCACAAACCUUUUUUAUCUUCCUUUUGAGGGGGAAAUAUCACCAUCUAAUACUAAUAUUUGGAAACAAAACUUGCCUAGAGAUGAAAUUAAAAUAAUUGAAAAUAUCUGCUGGACACUGAUGGAUCGUCUAGGAUAUCCAAAAUUUAUGGACUAAAUGCUGCAGGUCAGCAAAAAUUUGCACUAAUAUAUCCCAACCUACUUUGUGACUAUUAACUAGAUAAUUUUGUUUAUUCUUGUACAAGUGUGUAUAUAUGCGUGUAUGUGUGGGGAGAGUGUGUGUGUUCAGUCUGUUAUUUGCACAGAAAGAUACUUUAAAAAAUAAGCACCAUAUUUGGCCUAGUAGGAUUUAUUUUUAUGUUUCCACUUUCCUUGCCUUGAUUUCUGAAUUUUUUUUCUGCUAAAAUGUUUGUGCUACACAAGUAUAUAUUAUGGUAUCUGGGAAGAUAGGAAGAUUUUAAUGUACUUUAACUUACCUUCUUUGGUAACUGUACUAAUCUAUCUUGGCACCUAAAACACUAUGAAAGGCCUUGCAAUUGCUGCUUUGCCCAGUCAUUUCUUGCUCUUAAAAUGAACUACAUAGGUUCCUUAUCUUUUGAAAAGAUCUUCUAACACAAAGAAAAAAUGAAAUAAAAAAAUGAAUUUCUUGUACUUUGUAUAAUGUUCUCUGAAAUCACUGGGGAAAUGAUAAAGAUUUCUAUUAGAACUUUCAGAAAAUAUAGACAAAGAUAUAUAUAGGAUUUUUUUUUUCUUUUCUUACUCAAGAAAUAAGAUUGUGAACAGAGCAUGUUGAAAUUCAGUGUAUUAUUUUGGAAAUGCUGCUCUUCUCAAACGCUUUUAUUUGCCUGCCUGAAGCUAUCGCUCUUCACUGUCAUACCAUGACCACCUUAUUUGGCCUUUCUGUCAUUUUCAAAAAAAACAGGUAGUUGUUAGUAACUACAAAACAGUUUAGUGAUAAAGCUGUUCCAACAGCCCCUUUCCUUGUUGAUUAAUUUUGUAUUAAAGACUGACACAGACUUAAAAUCAAAUUUAGUUUUGUGGUGUUACCACUCUGACUCAAAGAAAGGAGCAGAAGUCUACUGACAGUGGUUGUCAUUCACUGUUGUUGCAGGUGGGGUGGGGUGGUGCUGGCAUGGCUGGGUGCUAGAAACAGAAUUAGGAAGCCUUAUCCUGUAUCCUCUGAAUUUAUAGGCUGCCAGUGUGUGCAAAAGUUGAAGCCAAUUGAGAAAUGAUGUCAGAGGCAUCUGUUCCCUUUACCAUCUGCAUCUUAUAAAUGUAGCGAACAUAAAAUGUUCACUCAUUUUGCUUGGUAGUUUCUGAAAUCAAAAAUGCUAUGCUAUUAUAGGCCAGUGGAGUAGUUACAGUGUGCUACAUGAACAUUACCAGCAUUGGGAUUUGGUGAGAGUCUAUGCAGAUUGCAGUUUUCUUCCUGAUGUUUCAAACUACAGUUUCCCCAAGUUCUAACAUUCGGAUUUUGUCACUCUGAUCUAGAUAAAAGCAGUUCUGUCUCAGUAGUUUGUUCUUUUAUCUAAAUGAUAAAAUUUUAUCAGAGUGAUAAAGCUGUACAUAUGUUAUUUUUAGCUGAAUCUAACUUAGCUGUUAUUUCUUUUCUUCUAUUAUGGCAUGAGUGGAACUGUUACAUGUCCCCUACAUUUGUUUUUGCUCCACAGGACUCAUAAUGUUCCCUUCAUAUUAAAAUGAAUAAAAAUCAAUAUAGAUUGAAGACUCAAAUCUACAUUUAUAUUUUGAAGGAGGAUUACUCUUAUCUCGGGUUUCUCAGCAAAUGUCCAUCUAAAAUUACUACAUGGAUGAUAACACUAUUUUCUUAUUGGUCAGAGUCUCCCUGCUAUUCGUUUUCAGAAUAUGAUCUUAAGUCAGAGCAAGUAGAAAAGCAGUGGGGUGGGAAAGUAUUACAUCAUACUAAGGUGAGAAUUAGAAAUGGGUACAGGCACAGAAAAAACAGUGAAGCUACUUCUGCAUAUUGUACAGAAAUGUACCCUUGUGCAGAAGGUGGUAAGUAGAUUAUGUGGAGGAAAGCAGAAAGGAGAGAUUUAGAAAAUAGACUGAUUUUUGAGAAGGGAUAUGGGAAUGUUUUACUGAUAAAUCAUAGUGGAACAUAGCUUUGAACUCCACAGAGCAAUUUAGAGCUAAACUUUCUCACCUCAGAGAAAAUGUAAGACAUCAGCCAUUUUCAUAGUUAUUUCCAUAAUGGAAAUUUGAAGAUAACUUUACAGAUUCCCUCAGAAGAGUGUUGUGUGUAGGAAAGGAAUCCACUGAAUUUGCCUGCGUAUGCUAAUGCCUAAGACCUGCUGCCUUACAAUUUGAGUACUUAAGGUGAGUGACACUUCUGGCACAUCUUCGCUUUGAAUACCCUCUGAACUUAUUAAUGAUUUGUGAAUAGGAUUAUUACCAUAUUUUAUUGUUUAUUGAUGGAGGAGGGUCAUCUGUCUAUGUGUUACUUUCAUUGGUUAAUAAAAAAAAUCUGCCUUGGCCCUUUGAUAGGACAGAAAAUUAGAUAGGCGGAGUAGACAGAACAGAAUGCUGGGAAUAAGGGAAGUGAGACACAGAUGCUAUAGCUCUCCUCUCCAAGAUGGACGCAGGUUCAGAUCCUUCCCAGUAAGCCACCACCUAGUGGUGCUACACAGAUCAUUAAAAAUGGGUUAACCAAGAUGUGAGAAUUAGCCAGUAAGAGGCUGGAGCUAAUGAGUCAGUCAGUGUUUAAAAGAAUACAGUUUCCGUGUAAUUAUUUUGGGUAAAGCUAGCCGGUGGCUAGGAGCCGGGUGGCGGGAAGCAACCCUCCGCUCCUACUACAGUUUAUAGAUAAUAGAGCCAUUUAAAAUGGCCUAUCUGUAAAAGUCAUUCCCUUAUCAAUGUCCUGAAACUUAAGCUUAAUUGGUACAACUCAUUAAAAGUAGCUUUGGAAAUACUGGAAAAUUAGGCGAUCAACUGAUAAAAUAGGGAAACAUUAAUCAUACAAUAUUCAAAUCUAGAUAAUAGAAACCUAUCCUCAAGCUAAACCUCAUUUAGAGUUGAUUUUUAUAAAAAUCCUGGUUGUUAAAUUUAUGAAUAUGCUUAAAUUUAUAAUUUUUAUCAAGAGGAUGCAAUGACAUGUACAUAUUAGGCCUUGAUUACACAAAAUCACACAUUUGGUUUCUUUAGACAAACGUAAGAACUAACUGCCUCCUAAGAAUAAAACAAUGUUUUAUCAAGUUUUGAGAAAUGUCAGGACCUAUCCAGCUACCCUAUGCAACUGUCUUCAAAGAACCAUUUUUGUUUCUUUCACAUAUUAGCACGUGUUAAAUAGUCCACAUAAAGUCAUGUUAUAAUCUCAUUGACUGAACUUUUAAUUGAUAUCAUUGAUCAGAAAAUUUGUGUAUCAUGAUGUAUGUACAUUCCUGAUGUAUGGUGCCUAUUAAUUUUGAGUAAUAUACUGCAGUUUUUACAUACAGUCUUUGAUUAUAACUGGGAAAGCUUUUAAUGAUAAAGAAAAAUGUAGAAGAAAAUAGCAGUGAGAUAUAAGUAUACUUAAUAUUCUGAAAUGUACCAGGAUAUUGAGUAUUGAACCAUUUCUUGUUUAUUUAUUUUGAAUAAAUUAUGUAAUGUUUCUGUUUAUUUUACAUUAUUUUAGCAGGAAAAAAUCCAAACAAUUAGGAAGAUCUAAAUGACUUUAAUUUUGAUGACAGGCAAUUUUGUAGAUGACAGGCAACAUUCUUAGCCUUGGUAUUUGCACUAUACAAUUAUUUGGAUUUAUGUUGUAUUUAAUAUAAGCAGUGUGUUUAGUUCAUUCAAUUUUCAAAGUGGAUCCAAUGAUGUCUAUAGACAUAGGAAUUUUAGGUUUUUAUUUUUUGGUGUUUCAUACAUUUUUCCAGUCACGCAGGAAAGAAAACAGAGUAAGAUCAUAAGUAAGACUCCCCAAUGAUAUAAAAAUGAAGUGCUAAAGGCAAUUUGGCUAUGAUCGAAAUAAUUUUGUCAUGCAACUCUUUAUGUCUUUGGGUCCAUGACAUUUUGUGUGACACUAAAUGAGUGCAAGUUGGAGAAUGCAGGCAUGUUUGAUGUUAAGGCCCAUGUCUGCAAAUUCACCUAAUAGACUUGGAAAUCCUUCACUUCGGUGAUGGGCAACCUUCCUUCUGCUCUACUAACAUUAUUCUAAGCUCUAUAACCUUAAAUAAUAAGAAUCUGUCUAUGAUGCUCAUAUGCACUUUACACCCAUCCCCUGGUUCCUGGUAGGUUUUCAUUCAGGAAUAAUAACUAAAAAAAAAUAGAUUUCCAUAUGUAACAUAUAUACAACCCUUAAAAUUCUUUGUGUUAUUUAUGUAUAAAAAAUUUGAAAUUCAAGUCAAAUGAUUUUCUUAAAUUAAAACUGAUGAGUGUUUUAUUGAAAUACUGACACAGGAAGUUUUUCUGGUGCUAGAAUUUAUAUUUGAUUCACUUGAAUAAAAAUGUUGGUAGUUAUUUAACACUCCUACCCAACUAAUUUAACAUGUAAUUAUGGUUCAAACAUUUAAUAUCAAAGGAUUCUUGGUGAAGAAAAUUGCUGAGAGAGGAUGGGGUUGAGGGGAGGAUGAACUUUCUAGUAAUAGCAGUAGAAAGUACGUCUUAAUUCAUUUUGUUUUCCUUUCCCUAAUACCCUCACAACCACAAGUGCCUCUAGAUAGCCAUAAUACCCAGCAUUAAAUCUCUGUCCAGGGGAUGUAUUGUGAAAACUGUACUAUAGACCUUGCAUCAAGGGAGCAACCAUCUAAUCAGAAUUUUCAAAUAUUCCCUUACAAUAGCCUAUACUAAUUUGAAGUCCAUGAUCAUUUCAAAUAUGUGACUAACAGUCAACCCUAUAUGUAAAAAUUAUUUUUAAUAUAUAAAAUGUUUUACUUUUUUAUUCUUUCUUUUGUGCACAAUGCCUGUCUCAAAAAUAAAAAAAAGAGAGAGAGAGAGAGAGAAAAAAUGAGAAAGCGGAGGGGGGAGGAAGUUAUGGAGUGAGAGAGAAGAAGGCAGGAAGCAAUUAUUUAGCAUUUAUUCUCAUCAUGCUCACAUUAUUAUUUAAACUAUUUUAAAAGAUCUUGAAAUAUUAGAGUAGAUGAAACUCAAAAAAAGCUAUAAUCUAAGCACUUUUUCCAUUGCAGUUGCUUUCUUAUUAAUGCUUUUUAAACUAGUUCUGUAUCUCUCUGCCUCUUUUGUUGUGACUGUCUUAAUUCAAGUGUGUUAAUCCUAAUUUUAGAUUUCAAAUAUUUCAGAAUUUCUGAUUGUCCAGAUGUGUCAUAUUCUCCCACAUUUUUCUAUUCCUUCCUUUUUAAAAUGCUGGACUUUAUACCUUAUUCUUUAUUGUUUAAGGAGAAAAAAAAAACCUCAUGCACACUAGGCAACCUUGAUAGUCUUUCCAUUUUGAAGCGCCAUUCAGCUCACCACACUGACUUUCCACACUGUCAAAGGAACCACAUAAAGCAAUUUAUCUGAAUUACAGUCUCUAACACCUACAUAAACAAUACUUCACCAAGGCGUGGUAUGGUAGAGAUUAUACUUUCAUCCUUAUUUUACUAUAUUGAAAGAUUACCAUCAUAUUUUACUGAUACUUGGUUUUUAAUAUAUGAUCAUUUAUUACUGCAUUUUAAUUGAGGAGAUAGAUUUUAUUGUAAAACUGCUCAAGUUGUGUGGAACUUUACAGCAUUGCUGUUAUUAAUUGAAUUAUUUUGAUUUGGUACCUUGAUAUUCUAUAUCACAAAACUUGCAGGGAGGUUUCAUUUGUUUUAAAGAAAAAAUAUAACCAAAUUAUGAAAUCACAUUAACAAUUUCCAUUAAAUAUAGCAAAUUUAUAGUCAAUAACAUUCCAUAUAAGUAUGAUAGUUUUCUGUUAAUUUUCAAUUACUAAUUAUCUUGAGAAUUCUCCCUAAUUUAUUGGUAUCUAGAAUGCAAUAGAAUUGCACUUGGUUUAAGUGCACAAAUCUCUAUAAUGGCCAAAACAAACUGAAAUGUUCACACACUUAGUUAUUUCUCUUUCCUUUUUCUUCCUUCCUUCCUUCCUUCCUUCCUCCCUCCCUCCCUCCCUCCCUCCCUCCCUCCCUCCCUCCCUCCCUCCCUCCCUCCCUCCCUUCCUCCCUCCCUCCCUCCUUUCCUUUCUUAGCAGUAGGAAAUUAAGUUAUUUCUCUUUCAAAACAGCUAUAAAACUAUCUACAAUAUCUCAUUAUUGGACACAAUAAAUACACAUUACAAACCUCAGAAAGCUCCAUUAACUUGGAGUUGCAAGGCUUUUUUCUGUGUGACUGGCAGAGUGAAUUUUCACAAAUUUUGCUUCAAUAUUUUCUUUAUCUUUAAAUUGAAGAGGGAAACUUCUAUUAAACAUUAUUCAUAUAAUUUAUUGAGUGAUGUUUUCUGUCAAAGUUUUCUAGCUCUGAGCUCCUUAGAGUCAAUAAGAACAUAUUUCAAAGUGUGAAAAUUAAUAGAAAAAUAUGUUCUCAGUAAUCACCUACAGUUCUCUAAGAGAAAGAAAGGAAAGGGCUAUGCUCAAAAAGAAGGCAAACUUAUGUGUGAUAUAAAUUUCACAAUAAUAAAAUACUUAAAUAUUUCCAGAACAUACAGAACUAAAAUAUGUAGAUCAAGGACAAUACAUUUUUAUAAUUUAAUAUAUUACUGAGCAGCACAAGGAAGCAAAAUCACACUUUCUGGUUAAUAUGUUUAUUUUUGAAGUAUUGAUUUCUACAUAUUCAAACUUCAAAAGACAGUUUGUUCAAUUUCCCUUCAGUAUCUGUCACUUGACUUUUAUGACUUUUCCAUGACAUUAUGUAUUUAUUUUUGUGAUAUAUUAAGUAUAGAACUUUCUAAAUUCAAGUACAAUGGAUACAGUAUCUUACAUUUAUUCUAUGUCAAAAGUGUAAGCUGUAUAAUAUCAGCAUUAAAUUCAUGUUCAUGCUUUCAUUUUGAAAUAUAUUAUUGUAAUUGUCUACAUUUAAAACUAUUUUAGACAGUUUAAAAUAGUGUGAAGAUUAUAUGUUUGUAUGACUAUAUAUGUAUUCAUAUACACAACUAUUGCAUAUACACAAAUUACUAAACUUUUCUUGGUUAAUGUGAUAUGUACAUUAUCAUUGGAUUAGGCCAAUGAUGAUACCACACUGUAUUAAUUACUAUUCUUAUUGGUAUGGUUGAAAUCUGACAACUUAGAAUAUUUUCUUUCUCAUUGUAUUGCUUCAUUUUAAGCACUUAUUUGACAUUCACUUUGGCAUUAAGUUUGCAAAGUUCCAUUAAAAAUGUAAAAAUAAUGCAUCUUACUAAUAAGUUCAUUACAUUACUUUUCGUAGUAUGGAAAUAUAUAGUAAAUUAGUUCCAAUACGUAUAUAUGACAUGUCUUUCCUUUUACUAUUUGUCAGUCUUUUGAUAGAAUUUAUAUUGUUGCAUCCAAGAUACUAUUAUUAUAGUAGAUGCUAUUUAUUUUUAAUUGUAUACUUUUAACUUUGCUAGAAUAUAAAACUUUUAAUUGAUUUUUUUGUUUAUUUUCUAUUAGGAAUCUUAUGAAAUAUUCUUACUACUUUUGUAAUCCUAAAUUCUUUUAAAACAUAUAUGGAUUGCCAUGUAUGUUUAUUGAUAAUAACAUUUUCUCCUUUUGAGUUUUAAAACAUUUAAUAUGCUUUAUUUUUAUGGCUUCUUGUAAGAUUCUAAGUGAAUUUUGUGACAGUAGAUGCUUAUGGAAGGCUUCUUAUAUUUCACAAUUGAUUAUAGUCCAUUUUCUGCAUGUUACAGGUGUUCCUUAUUAAGAUGCAGUGUUGCUUUAUAUACCUAUUCUGAGAUUUAACAUGAGUGCAAGAUAAAGUUGAUUGAAUAUUUUUGCCUUUCCCUGACUAUCUAGUCAUAAUUUUUGCUGUUUAUCUGUUAAUUUAUUGUAACAAAUGAAAAUGCUUUUUUUAAAGAUUAGAUCCAACUUAGUCUUUAUGAAAAACAGUCUGGGAAUUAUUUAUUGUAUUUAUUGCUGUAUUGUAAUGGUUAGUUAAUAUUAAGAUAUUUGCAUAAAUAUUAAUUGACCUGUAUACUGUUCAAAUAAACAAUAUACUCAUCAUAUAAAGUAAAUUGGGAUGGUCUACAUUUAUGUUUUUUAGAAGACUGUGAAUUUGAAAUACUCUAAUAUUCACAUAUCAGCUUAGAUUCAUUUAUAAAACCAUGUGGACAUUUUACUUUAUAUAUGGAAAUAUAAUACCAUAUAAAUAUUACUUGUACUUCUGGACUUAUUUUAUUUACUCAUGCAUUUCUGGUUAACUAUCGUUAGAUAAUUAUAUUUUGAAAAAUCUAUU